GUGAGAAAUUGCUAUAUACACUGCACUGUGAUAUCAUCGUAUCAUCGUAUUCGCUUUCGCGAAAACUUCAACGCUCUACUGAAGAUUGCAGCCGCACAAUGAAUUCAAUUCGUAUUUGAGUUUAAAGAGCGUUCAAGCUAACAGUGAAAUAAGAAAAAAGAAAGGAUAAGAAAAGAAAAAAUAUGAAAAAUUGUAAAUUUAUUUUUUAUACAAUUUAAUUAAUAAUUAUAUUUAACUAUUUGAGUAUAGAUGCUUAAGUGUCUCGGAUGUUUCUUCCAUUAACACAUAGCCACGCGAAAUUGCAAUAUAAAAACAUUCUAUUGACGCGUUAAGAUAAUUCCAAAAUUGUAUUUUUAAAACGGUUUUAUUCUGUGUUUUGUUACUCUAAUGGAUGAAGUUACGCCCUAAGUGGAAUAACACAAAGGAAACAGCAGUUUAAGCAUUGCACUCCGUUUAUAAGUGAGCGACAUAAUCGAUUAAAAAUGAAAGCAGACAUGUCAAAAUUUAUAGGAAUUUCCGAAUUUACGCAGAAUAGGAAAAUAUGGCGAAUGCUAUUUGCUGAGCUUGCGGGGACAUUCUUACUGGUUAUCAUUGGUAUAGGCAGUUGCACGAGUGGUGCGGACUGGUCCCCCAGCGUGCCUCAAAUAGCAUUCACAUUUGGUUUAACUGUGGCAACGCUUGCACAGACGGUCGGUCAUAUAAGUGGAUGUCACAUAAAUCCUGCUGUUACAGUCGGUUUCUUGAUAGUAGGAGAGAUGACUUUACUAAAAGCUAUUUUUUACAUAAUAGCACAGUGCGUCGGAGCAAUGGCUGGAUCGGCGGUUUUGAGUCUAGCUAUCCCUGACACACUUGGCAGUAAUGGCCUGGGCGUCUCUAACUUUUCCUCGCUCAGUGCUGGACAGGCAGUGUCAAUUGAAGCCUUCAUUACAGCUAUCUUAGUGCUGGUAGUGAAAGCAGUGUCAGAUUCAAAACGGCAAGAUAUAACGGGAUCAGCCCCAUUGGCCGUAGGGCUGGCUAUCGCUACGGGUCAUCUUUGUGCGAUUAAAUUAACUGGAGCCAGCAUGAACCCAGCACGCUCAUUCGGUCCAGCCGUAGUUCACGACGUUUGGGAAAAUCAUUGGGUUUAUUGGAUUGGUCCCCUUGUUGGCAGCGUGGUAGCUGCCGUUAUUUAUAAAUUAAUCUUCAAGCAAUCUAAAGAAGAUGAUGACACGAACUCCUACGAUUUUUAACCAAGUUUUUCGUGCGAUAGUAAGAAGAAUAAUAUCCUUCUUUUUCUCAAAUAAAGAACCAUCCAGGUACACAUAUUACGUGGAUGUCUUUUUUUUCCCAUAUCACUUCCUUACAAGUUUUAUUGAAAUAAUUAUAAAAAAAGAUACGCCUGUCAUUGUACCUGAAAUCAUCGAUAUGCAGUCCAAAAAUUAUUUACUAGAUCUUCUUGUGUAAUAUCGCUGGGAUAAAAGGCUUAAUUCGUAUCGUACUAUAUUGAAAUCGUGUUAUACGAAACUUUCUUUAUUUUAUUUUUUAA